GAAAAUUACUCGAGAGAUUAACAAUUCCUCUCGACUUUGCACCUCCCUCAACUCGCACGAGGAUACCGAGAUUGAUUGAAAGCCCUUUUGGUUCUUCGAAUAAACCUCUAAACUUUCUUGUCUCAAGGUCACGGCGAAAACUCUAGCCUUGCUCGCUCAUCUCGUCGAUCUGGUGGUUUGGGAAUAAUGAAGUCAUAUCUAGACUACCUCGACGAGUGUGACCAAUUCCCCAAGAAUCCGGAACUCCUCUAUAAAUUCCUCAUCAGCGGAUACAAUGGUACCUUCGGCCAUAUUCUGCCAACCAUAAUCCAAGCUAUCAGUUGGGGAGCGAAAUGGGAGGUCGACCAUGGACAUAGAACACUGAAACUGCUUGGGAGCAGUUUGGACGAGAGAGACAAGAAUAUGCACGAUACCCUGGUCGCAGAGCGGGAAAAGAAAAGCCUAGAAGUGUUUGCAGACUGGAGGGAUGAGUUGUUCCCCGUCUACGGACCUGGCAAGGAACUCGUUGUCAGUGUUGAGCGAUGCGCUGCCCAGAUCUUUGGCGUUCUGACCUACGGCGUACAACUGCUUGCGUAUCAAGACAACCCAGAAGGAAUCAGUAUUUGGGUCGCACGCCGAGCUGCCUGGAAGAGAAGUUACCCAGAUAUGCUAGAUAGCACGGUCGGUGGAAGUUUGCCUACGGGAGAGUCUCCAUUUGAGUGCUUGCUCCGAGAGGGCUGGGAAGAGGCUGCUCUUGACCCGGACUUUGUUAAGAAGAAUGUUGUUGCUUGCGGUACCGUCAACUACACCUGCGUGACGGAUGAUUACAGCAGAGGCGAAAAAGGGCUUCUGUCUCCCGAGGUUCAAUUCUGCUAUGAGAUUAAGCUCCCGAAAGAUGUGGCUCUUGCCCCAGGAGAGGCCGCAGUGUCCGAGAUCGUUCUUCUCAAUGUUGAGGAGUUGAAACAGGCCCUUGAAAAGGCAGAGUUUGCACCCCUUACCGGAUGUCUUAUUCUGGAUUUCUUUGUACGACAUGGUAUUCUGACGUUCGAGAAUGAGCCAAAUUAUAUCUCAAUUGCUUCGCGUAUGCACAAGCCACUGGAUCUUGCGACGAUUUGAAAGUUUCGAAGGAUCAUUGGAAGGCGUACAAAGUCCGUCACUUUGCAAAGCCUAGACUCUAGAAUAGAUUCUCUAAGUCUAUUGUCAUGCCCCG